CUACUGCUAUAAAAUAUUACAAAUAUUUACGACAUUACGAAAACUAGUCUGAGCCGUUACGUUUGGUAUUUUUUUUUUUAGAAACAAGAUAUAUUUCAUUAAAAACAGAUUAUUUACGAUUCAAACAGAUAUGCCUUGCUGGUACUUUGAUAAGAAAGAGAUAAGAAACACACCAACACACAGAGAUGGGAUUGAUCCAACAACAGAAGCCAGGUACAGAAGAGAAGGAGCAAGAUUUAUCAUUGAUGCAGGAACAAAGAUGGGACUGAGAUAUGAUACAUGUGCCACUGGUGUAGUAUAUUUCCACAGAUUUUAUCUUUUCCAUUCGUUCAAAGAUUUCCACAGAUAUAUAACAGCCGCUGGUUGUUUAUUUCUGGCUGGUAAAGUAGAGGAAACACCAAAGAAAUGUAAAGACAUUGUUAAGAUAACACAGAGUAUCCUAUCUCCACAAUUAUUUUCAGUGUUUUCAGAAGACCCUAAGGAAGAAAUAAUGACAUUAGAAAGAAUACUUCUACAGACAAUCAAAUUUGAUUUACAAGUAGACCAUCCUUAUGCUUGCCUGUUAAAGUUUGCCAAACAAGUUAAAAUUGAAAAGGAGAAAUCACAAAAACUUGUACAGAUGGCUUGGACAUUUAUAAAUGACAGUUUAUGUACAACUCUAUGUUUACAAUGGGAACCUGAGGUAAUAGGUAUAUCACUAAUGUAUCUGGCAACACGUCUGGCAAAGUUUGAGAUAUCUGACUGGCAAGGCAAGCCACCAGGAAGUAAAUUAAAAUGGUGGGAAGGGAUCGUCGAAGAUAUCACAGUGGAAUUAAUGGAGGAUAUAUGUCAUAAGGUGUUAGACCUGUACAGUAAAAAUCCCCAGCAACAUGAAGAUUCACCUCCAGUCACACCUAGUAAAUCACACAGACAAACACCCCCACCACCACCUCCGCAGAAACGGAGUGUAAGUAUGACCACUCCAGCAGAUGGAGCACCAGAUAGUAAAUUAGCAAGAGUAGAUAGUCGAACAACAACACCAAAAGUAAAAGAAUCUAAUUCUAGUUCUGAUCUCAGACAAACUGCCAUGGUAAAUGCUGCGUCUAAAUCACAUUCCUCAGAUGACGCAAAUAUACAAACUAUACAGACAGUAGGUGCUGCACAAACUACAGAGUUCUCAUCUUAUAAUCCAUAUAUGUCACGUAGCAUGUACAGUUCAUCAUUCUUGUCAGGAGAGGGUAGUAAAUCUAUACAGAAUUUAAUGAGUGGGGGUGGGGGUGGAGGGGGAGGCUCUGCUGAGAAUUAUCCACCAGGGCAACAAACACCUCAGGGCAUGGCCCACUACUCUCAAUAUCCUCCUGGCUACCAACAGGCAAAUUAUGCACAGGCAGCUCAACAACAGUAUUCUGCCCAGGGGCAAUAUCCUGGAUAUCCACAACAAGCAUAUCCUGCAGGUCAACAGGUUCCUGGUCAACAGCAGGUUUAUCCCCAAGGUGCUAAUUAUCAGCAGUACCAGCAGGGGCAACAACAGUACCCAGGUCAAUAUCCUCCCACAUCAUCAUCAGUUCCAAGUCCUUACAACACAGCAGGAGGUCAACAGGGAUAUCAACAACAACAGCAAAUGAUUAACCAACGUGGUGCCACAUCAAAUGUACCUCGUGGCACAAGUACUCCACGUUCAUCUAAGUCGCAGACACAAUCAUCACAACAAGGUCAAAAUCAGAAUUUAGCAAUGGUACGAAUAACAGGCAGAUGAACAGAUAUAUUCAUUUGAUAUGAAGUGGUGUAAUUAAAUUAAGCACUCAAAAAAGAAUGGAAGGAACAACAUUUCUUUAAAUGAAUUUUUUCCUUGGUGGAAAAAUUAAAUGUAAUAUUUCAUGUAAUGAAAUCAAAACAGUUUAUUGAAUGUUAAAUAAAUUUAUGAAGUGCUAAAAAGAUUCAAGAGUAACAUUAAUUUUACUAGCAAAAAACAAUCAUACUCUUUUCAUCUAUGAAUUUGAACAAGGUAAACCAACACCUGAAGUGGUUAUCGUGCAGUUGGGUAAUACAAAUGUAUCUAUUUAAAAACACAAUAGAUUUUAAGUCAAAUUGAAAUAUUGUAUACCAUUUGUUUAUGUAAGAAUUUUUUUAAAGACAUUAUUUUAAGUUUGUGUGUAAGCAUAGACUAUCAACUAAAUUGUUAACAAUUUUACUUAAACUAUAAAGGACUUUUAAUAUUUCUUUGAAUGGUAUUGUUAAAGUUGUGAGAAACACAGUUUUUAAGAUAUCUGUAUAGAGAUUUUUUAGUUGGCAAAUUGUUUAUAUUUAAUAUUGGCUGUCAGUCAGUUAUGAUUGUACAUGAAGUUCUUUAUAUAAAAUGUAAAAAAAAAUCUGUGUGAAUUUUCCUUAUGCAAAAUACAAGUGUGGUUUGAAGAGAUUUAGAUAUAAUGUUACAUCUGCAACUUUAAGAUUGGAUUUAUAAUAAACUCUAUUAAAGAGAAAACUGACAUAAAGAGGUCUCUAAAAGUUGAAUAUUAAUUUUUUAUGUGCAUCAGUGGGGAGAAAAUGAUGAAAAAUAAAUAAGUAGGUUAUACCAAAACACAUUUAUAU